CAACAGAGUUUAGUUUUUAACGAAAAGUCGACUAGGAAAGUGGUAGUGCUUUGUCAAUUGUGAAGAAAAAGAAUAUAACCAAAGAUGAAUGCGAAAGCUUUAAUAGUCACUUUGUUCGUCGCCUUUGUCUGUGUGAAAAUUGCUGAUUCCCUGGUGUGCUACACCUGUGUUACGCCAAAGGACUGCAAGAGUCCCCAGAAAGUAACUUGUAGCAAUGAUGCUGCCAACAAGACUAGUGACCAGUUGGAAACCUAUCACACUGGAGUUAGGAAGCUAACCAGCAGCCGAUUCGACUGUCUGGCUCUUCAGUACAAAUUGAAUAACGAAGUGAUCCAUCAGCUCCAUGGCUGCAUUCACCCAAAUGUUGGAGCCUGUAGUUUGAGCUUGAAGCCGGCUUAUAGCCAUUAUAAUAAGACCACGUGUGUAACCUGUUCCGGCGACAAGUGCAACAAGAAUCCGGCGGGAAAAAUGAGCAGCAGCACGAUCACAAUUGCGGCUAGCGUUUUGGGUCUCUUGCUGUUCAAGAUUUAUGCCUAGAGCACGACUAUUAAUAUAGAUGAGUUAAAAGCACCGAACGAAAUUUCGUAAUAAGUUAUUUUUCCAAUAUCUUCUCUAAUUUGUUAUUGGCUUAUCAGCAUUGAUUAGAUUGAGUUCUUGGACUUUCCAACCGUA